AUGCGGACGAUCACGGUCUUCGCCGGUCGUCUGAUGUUUGGUACAAUUUAUAUAGACGUGUCAACGAGGCCAGUAGAAAUCGCGACAGAACGUGAAGAAAUGGCAGAACGAGACUCGACAAACGUGUCCAGCUUCGCCAUUAACGGGCAUUCCACUGUUGCUUCAGAUGGUCCAAAGGACUCCGCUUCACAAGUUGCCGAUGGUUCCAGUCUUUCCCCAACCAGAAUAGCACCGGGUACAGCACAUAGUCGAGACACUUCACCGAUCGGAGGCUAUCUGCGUCAUCAGGCACCGCAAAACCGUCCUCGUGUCGGACCAAAUCAGUCCCGACCGCUUAGUUUAGUUGAACUGGAUUCGGAAAUCGAUGCCUUGUUGGAUGAGCUGGCCAACAGUUGUAUGGACUCAACCGACGGUCGACGUCGCUCCCGGUCACGAUGCCGUUCGCCCAGACCUCUUAGCCAGAUCAGUUUCCAACCGGCUCGGGAUCCCAAUGAACCGGGGCCACCGCCCCUCUCAGGCUAUAUGAAAGUGUGCAAGCCUAGAAAAUUCGGCUUGAAAGUGUUCAAACGAUUGUUCCUGGCAAUAGACGGUUUGAGGUUACUGGUGUUCAAACAACGAACAGCUGGCGGCGGUGGUGGUGGUGGUGCCAUCGGUACCGGGACCGGUACAGGUGAGGAGGAUAUGACUUUGGGUAGUCGUCUUCGUCGUCGUGCUUCCCUGCUCUCACUAACCUCAUUGUCUCCGUUCGGGCAUGCAUUUGGAUUGCAAUCCCCGGGGCCAGGUGCGAGUAACGGACUAUGUGGAACCUCAGCCGCCGUACUCGGUCUGGUCAGUGAGCUUGUGAUUCGAUUCUCAGAUGUAAAUACCUAUACGGACUGGCUUGCUCUUUUACGGAUUGCCACAGCUAUUCCUUUUGUUGGUCUGUCGCCCUUGGACGACCAGAUGGAUGGUUUGCCUGGUGUCUCAGACGGUCUAGCACAACAAUUGCUGACUCAGUCUACAUACGAGGCAGAACGAAAAGCUAUAUCUGGCCUGGUUCGACUGAUAGCUCCGGGAUCAGGACGGAGUGCGGAUUCCACGGACAGCGGUGCGGACACAUCAACCUUGCAUUUUGUCGGUUUACACAGCCGAUUGGAGAAACGCUUGGCCGACUUUUUGCCUAUGAGAGUCGGUCUGAUUAAAGGAAUGCCUAAACCGUUAGAAAUACGACGUGAUCAAAUGGAUACAACAACAACGACAACGGGCACAUUGUCACCAGAUAGUCGACCUCCUCUACAUCCAUCCACCGGUAGCUCUCUAAUCUCACAAAAAGCAAGUUUCGUCCGACGCAUCUGUCUGGCUUAUUCCCGUAUUCAGCAACUGACAAGCACACAGGCCAAGCUGAAGUAUAUCAGUGCUUGGGAACAGAUGCCGAAUCAUGGAAUUGCCUUCUUCCCUGCCCGUAUAGAGGUCACCUUGCCGCUGGCUAGUUUGUUCCCACCGGAUAACAACACUGACCCAUCUGGGACUGGCGCGAAUACCGGUGCUGGUGCUGGUGGUGGUCGGAACACUGUCCCUUGGAUGAAUCGACCAGCCGGUGGAGGCCACAUCACUGUCUCCAGUAGUCGACGGAUCGAAGCAGUCGGCAUCGGACCGACUCGAAUAUUCCGUUGUGAUCUGAACACCGGGGAUAUAAUGGCCAGUUGGCGCCUUUCUUCUAUCCAGGGUUGGCAUAUCAACUGGGAAUUGGGUGAACUUGUACUCUUAUUGGCCUCACCGGGUGCAAAAAGAGCACAGAUGCAAUCUCGAGAACACGAGACACGCAGUGGUAGUCCACCUCCCGCACCGCAAUCUCUGUCCACAAACACUUGUGCCGGUCGUGUAAUCAUUCGUCCUGUGGAUGUCUCCGUUCGCAUCCUGGCCGAGUUCUUGGGCGGAUACGCAUUCCUCAAUUUGCGGUCACCCGAGAAAAAUCAAGGUCUGGAUGAGGGAGUGUUUUACAAAUUGACCACUGGUUCGGCUUUGCCAAUGACACAUACACCGGUACAUGGCAUCACAUAUGGCUAA